GCCGCCUACUCUGCUUGCUUUACGCAUCGUAGAGCAGCAUUUCUCGUCAGCAAUUUCGGGUUUGUACUCCCUAAAAGUGUGUGUUGCCUGUGAGUGUGAGUCGUCUGUGCUUUCUGUGAGUCGAGUGUUGUGAAGACAUCAUGGAUGGACGCGGUAGGAAGCGGUAUACUUUGGCCGAAAUCCACGCUCAACUUUUUGAUGACGGCGGGAAUGAGACAGAGGAUGAUGCGGUGUCCGAAGCUGACAGCACCGACUCAGCGCUUCAGGCGUUUGAGGACGGCAUAGAUGUCGUCCUCGAUUUUGAGGAGACAUCUGACUCGGAUGAUGGGAACACAUCUGAUGACCCUUUGGAAGGGACUUCAACUGCCCCACACCCAGCUGCCUCUCCAACUCCUCCAGCUGCCUCUCCAACUCCUCCAGCUGCCAGCAGUGUGCGCAUGAGUGGCAGGCGCCGUGAUCUCCACCCUGCUCCAACUCCAUGCCCUCCUCCAGUUAGUCGUGGUGCUAGGCGUGGUAAGCGCCCCUCAAAAGCCUCUGCUCCAACUCCAUGCCCUCCUCCACCAAGCCGUGGUGCUACGAGUGGUAAACGCACCUCACAAGCCCCUGCCUCAACGCCAAGCCGUCCUGCGAAGCGUGCAUCCCUGGGUCCACCGCCGCAGGACUCCGACUUCUGGCGUGAUGCAACGAGUGAAGACGUGGAGCCUCCACCGUUGCCAUUUCGACCCAGGCGCCCUCCAGGACCACAGCUGGACCCUCAGGUAGACUACCGGCCGCUUGACCUGUUCUUAUUGUUUUUCAGCAAGGACGUGGUUAGGACCCUGUGCAGGCAUACCAAUCUCCAUGCUGCAAAAAGGGCUGCACAAGGACGAAAGAGGAAGUGGGUCGACAUAGAGCCGGAGGAGAUGUACCGCUUCAUCGGAUUGGUCAUCUACAAGGGAUUGAUGAAGUUGCCAGAGAUGCGGGACGGAUGGAGGAAGGACCGCCUUCACAGUUUUCCCUUCCCUGCAUCCGUCAUGCCAGGUUACAGAUACGAGGUAAUCUUCUCAACCCUUCACAUGAGUGACCCGGCUGUUGAUGCAGCAAAUGAUCAGCUGAAGGGCCAGCCUGGGCACGAUGGCCUCUGCCGCCUCAGGCCGCUGCAUGAUGACCUCCUGACGGCGUGCAGGGCUUACUUCCACCCGCUCCAGAACCUCUCAGUGGAUGAGAGGAUGGUAGGCACCAAGUCCCGGAUCGGGAUGAAGAUGUACAGCAAGGACAAGCCGACAAAGUGGGGGUUCAAGCUGUUUGUCUUGGCUGACAGCUCGAAUGGCUAUACGUGGCACUUCUCGAUUUAUGAGGGGAAGGCAAGGGCACCAUCUGUGCAGGGCCUCAGCUUUGGUGCCGUUGUAGAGUUGUUCCAUGAUCCGUCUCUGGGCACAGGGUACAGUGUCUACGUGGACAACUUUUACACCAGCUCAGAGCUUUUCCUCCACCGCCACGGAAUGAACUGUGGGACCUGUGGGACCAUCCGGGAGAACAGGAUCGGGUUUCCGCGCACACAGUGGAAUGCCAUGCCGAAGAAUGCAGCCCGUGGAGAGCUGCGUUGGAUUCGGGAUGGUCCACUGCUGUUCGUGAAGUGGAGGGACAGCCGGGACGUCACGAUGUGUUCCACCAUCCACAAGGCCUACGGGGGGCAGACCGUGAAGCGCCGAGUCAAGGACCGGAACACAGCCGCGUGGAGCAUUCGGGAAGUCCCUGUGCCGGAGCCGGUGAAGGCGUACAACAAGUUCAUGGGAGGAGUGGACUUGAGUGACGCCCUCAUCAAGUACUACACCGUGACCCACAAGACACGGAGGUGGUACAUGAAGCUGUUCCUCCACUUUGUGGAUAUUGCGGUUGUGAACAGCUUCAUCCUGCACAAGGAGACCGCACUGGCCCAGGGGGAGACGCCGCUGACCCAGAAAUCCUUCAGGGAAUUUCUGUGCCUGGAGCUGGCUGACUUCGGCAAGCCACAGCCCGACCCACCAGCAGAGACUUCCAGUGCAGAUGUGUCUGCUGAAGCCACUGGUGAGACACCGCAAGCCCAGGCAAUGUCUUCCUGCCAAUGUCUCCCUGUUCCGGUUGUGGAUCAGCUGUCCUCUGAUCCACACCUCAAGGCGACACAAGGGAGGAGAAAGUGUGUGCUCUGUGGCAUGAAGACAAUGUUCAAGUGCAAGGCUUGCCAGGUUGCACUGUGCAUUAUUGUGGACAGACUCUGCUUCACCACAUGGCACGAGCAGAAGAGCACACACUAA